UCCAAGAUGGCAGCGCCCAUAGUCAUAUGGGUUUGUCGGGAGUUUUCAAGAUUUGAUAUUGACAUUUCGGAAGAAAAUGCCAGGUAUAUACUAUCGAUGAAUGACCCUCAUGACUUGGAAGAAUACAUGUAUGAAUUACUGGACAAGAAAGAUGCAAGAUGCAAAAAGUUUGUUAAUGAGCUUCUGGACCGUUGGAAACCAUCACAAGCAGUACCUGAUGAAGUUCAGGUAAAUGGUGUUAAUCAGAAGGUAUAUAAAAAACCUGAGGAAGAGGAAAGUUAUUUUAGUGGAGUAGUUAAAAAACCUUCACCAGUAAAGAAGGUUGUCAUGGAGACGGAUGCCCAGCCUCCCUUUCCAACUGUGAAUGGCCUAAUGCAAUUGGCUGGUGAAAUGGAGGACUUGAAUGUAGACAUCCAACAGUCUGAGAAACAUUCCAACUCACCCAAGAAGAAAAACAAGUUUGUUCCCCUAUAUAGUCAGGAGGGAAAGGCCAGGAGCGCAAUACAGAUACCAGGUCGUCAUUGUUGUGAGUGCCAAGCCUCCAAGCACCGCCUGAUCAGUAACUGCGUGUCAUGUGGAAGAGUGGUGUGUGAGCAGGAGGGCUCUGGUCCAUGUCUCUUCUGUGGAGAACUGGUGUGUACCCAAGAAGAACAGGAGAUUUUAUCACGAGGUUCAAAAAAGAGUGAAAAGUUACGACAGUUUUUGACCAAAGGAGAUAAUCGAGAUUAUUUGCCAACCACUGUAGCAAAAAUGGAAGCUGGCUUUGAGAAGGCAUUACAGCAUAAAGACAGACUGCUAGAUUAUGAUAGAACCAGUGUGUCCCGGACAAAAGUGAUAGAUGAUGAAUCAGAUUACUUUGCCUCCAAUUCAAAAUGGCUGUCUAAGUCUGAUCGAGCUGCACUUAAGAAGAGAGAAGCAGAACUUCGUUCUAAGAGACAUGCCUCGCGCAAAGACAGAAAGAUCACACUCGAUUUUGCCGGUAGACGGGUGAUUGAUGUAGAUGACAGUUCUUCGCUGAUGUACAACGAGGACGAUGAGGUGGUACAGCAGGUUCAUUAUGGUGCCCGGCCAAAGCAAGCAUUGAAAGAGUCCGCUGCACAAGGGGAGAUAAUGAACCCAACCAUUGAACAGUUACCGCCAAAGUUUGUACCACCAGGUGGUAGUUACAGUAAAAAGGUCAAAGGUGAAAGGUCAGAGGACAAUGGUAAUGUGGAUAAGAGGUCAUCUGUACGAAUACAGGAUAGAGAAUUACAGGAGAUGAAUGACGAAGGAAUGUGCAUGAGUAUGCACCAACCUUGGGCAUCACUUCUUAUCAAAGGCAUAAAAAAACAUGAGGGCAGGACCUGGUACACCCCCCACAGGGGUCGAUUGUGGAUAGCUGCCACUGGCAAGACCCCCGAGAAAGAUGACAUUGAGGACGUUGAACAGUUCUAUAGACAGUACUACAAUGAUCCUAAGCUUAAGUUCCCCACACAGUACCCAGUCAGUUGUCUGUUGGGCUGUGUGAAUGUGCUGGACUGUUUGGGCCAAGAAGAGUACAGGCAAAAGUUUCCUGAGGGAGAAUCUGCUUCAGCGUAUGUGUUUAUCUGUGAUCAUCCUCAAGAACUGGUCAUCAAAUUUCCAAUCAAAGGCAAACACAAAAUUUAUAAAUUAGAGAAUCAUAUUCAUCAAGGUGCUAAGAAAGGUCUGAGGUCUCCUGAAACAGUCUGACAUCUGUUGAAGACAAAACUCUGACAUCUGCUUGGUUAAAGAUUACCAAAGAUAGACACAUUGAAUAAUGACUGCCCUAGUCUGUUAUAAAACCUGACCCAGGCGCAAGGAAGCCAGUGUGGUUUGCUCAGGGAUGUGGCUGUGGGUGAUGAGCGAAGGUUUAAUGGACAAAUGACUGAUUUACAGUUACAUGUACUUCACAUGUUUGGUAACGAAGUUGAGCUGUCUGGCAUGUAGUACGUUUGUCAUAUACCUGAAGAGAAGAUGUUAACCUCUCAAAUGCAUCCAGUGAUAGCUUUUUUAAAUCAUCUCGAAAACUGUUAAUGUUUCGAUGGUGACAGUCACACAGUGUCACGUUUUUGUUUUUAACUAAAAUUAUAAUUCACAUGAUACUGUUCAAAUUGACUUUAUUUUGGUUUAUAGAUCUGCAGUUACAGACAGAUUUGCAUGGAAUGGUCAUGCAAACAGUGUGUUUAUCAUACUUGCAGCCCAACAGUGAAUAGUCCUCUACCGGGAUUUAUCUGGGGUAAAUGCAUGGCUCCUUAGUUUUACAAAAUUUACCUGGUCAUUUCAAUUUUUCACAACAUUAGCAUACAUGUCUAGACGCACUAAUACAAAUCUGUGUAAAUCAGAUUUUCUUAUUUUCCGUGAUAAAUCAUGAUGGCCACAUGCCUUUAUUAACCUCACAAAGACAGAGAAUUUACAAGAAUUGGAUUGUUAAAGUUUUCUCAGUGCAGAAGUUGCCAACUUCGUCUGUCCAUGAUUGGUCCUUUCUUGGGUACAAAUCAAAUUUAUGAUCUUCUCUUAACAUUAUACAGAAGUGAUAGGCCACAAUUAGGUUUUGUUAAAAAUGUGGAUAAAAUAUGGUAAAUAAUGUAAAAUUUCAUCCAUGGCUACUCUUUCUACCUCAUUCAGAGAUUUUGUUGGAAAGUAGGAUGACAUCCUACUGAAGAAAAGUUUCAGCACUAAAAGUGAUACUUUAUAACAAAUAUUUCCUGUAAAAAUGCAUCUGUUUGAGCGAAGUUUUAGGUCAUUUGCAAUAGGUUAAUAGUGUGAUAAUACUGGAAUGUGAUAUUGAUUCCACUAAAAAGAUGGCUUUUACAUACAGUUUAAAAAGUGGGUUGAAAUCGUCACAACUUUGGCUUCCUGUCAACUCAACUGUGUGUAGACUGUGUUUUGUUCACAGAUUGUUUGUUAACAUAAUCAGCAUACACUGUCUGUGAUGAUUGGGCGGUUAGUAGACACUUCUGCCAGAGUUGAUUCAAUUUGCAAUUUUACGUGGCCGUGUGCAUCAAGUAGCCUGAGACAAGACCUCAUUCAUUUUAGCUCGCCUUACGAAGUAAGCAGAGGCAUUGUGAGACGGGAUCAGAUGUUGUCGGUGGAGGUGUCGGUGUCCAGUUUGGUGAAAGUUUUUGGCCAAUCAUAGGGUUGCAGUAGCCACCCAGAGUACACAGAAAGCCUAUCAUCGGUAGCGAUUUGCAUAUUAAAGACCAUGGAAGUCUUUUACCUCAUAGCUCAACAUUUUAUUCAGCUGUUCACUGGGUUGCAAUUGCCUCCGUGUAAUACAUGGAUUGCCAGAUGUAGUUCGCGAUUUGCAUAUCAAAGACAUAUGUGGUAAAGUUGUGCACUAAGUCCCCCACAGUGAGCUUUACCACCACAAUGAUUUACAACUUCAUAACAUACGAAUCACUGCUCUGCAAUCCUUACGCAUAUGAUAAACAGUCCUAGUCGUAACAGUAUACUAAUGUUGGUCUUUCUUGUUGAUUUAUUGGCAAGAUCUUGGUACUAUAUAAUUAUACGAUAUGUAUGA